AUGUUUGUUUUUGACUGGUUCUACAAUGUAUUAGGCUACUUGGGACUUUAUCACAAGAAUGCCAAGAUCUUGUUUCUUGGGCUUGACAAUGCUGGCAAGACGACGCUUCUGCAUAUGCUCAAGGAUGAUCGUGUUGCCGUGCAUGAACCCACACUUCAUCCUAACUCAGAGGAGCUGAUCAUUGGCAAACUACGUCUACGUACAUUCGACUUGGGUGGCCAUGAAACAGCACGUCGUCUAUGGCGAGACUAUUUUGCCACAGUCGAUGGUGUCGUGUUUGUAGUGGAUGCACUGGAUCGUGAACGUUUCCCGGAGUCGAAACGUGAGCUGGAUACGCUUCUAGGCUAUGAUGAGCUCGCGAAUGUGCCGUUCCUGGUACUGGGCAACAAGAUUGACGUGCCACGUGCUGCGUCCGAAGACGAGCUACGUAGUGCAUUGGGAUUGUACGAGACGUACGGCAAGGAAGCUCGUGGUGACAAGGAUACGAGUAUUCGUCCCAUUGAGCUGUACAUGUGUUCUGUCGUGCGUCGGAUGGGUUACGCUGAUGGUUUCCGCUGGAUGGCGCAAUUCUUGUAG